AUGGAACUUGAGCUUGGUCUUGGUCUUGCACUUCCUAAUUCAAAUCCUAUCAAAUAUUCCUACCUAAAUGACAACAAUAUUAAUAUUGACACAUUUGAUGACAACUUCUCAGAAAUGAAGAAGAUUGACAAUGAUGAUUAUGGUAGCAACAAAGUGGAAGGUAAAACAUUGUCUUUGCUUAUAUGGAAUGGCCAACCAAAUGAAGAAGAAGAAGAAGAUAAUGAUGAUGGUCAUCAAAAAAGGAGAUAUUUUGAAGCUUGUUAUGAUCAGGAAUUCAAGGAAGAAAAUGGAGUAGUGGGGUGGCCACCAAUAAAAUCAUGGAGAAAAAAACUAAUUCAUGGGAUUAAUCAUGAAGUUGGAUGGAACAAAAAUAAUAAUAACAAUAAUAAUAAUAAUCAUAGACACAAUAUUGGAAUUAGAAAUUCCAUGUAUGUGAAGGUUAAAAUGGAAGGAGUAGCCAUUGGAAGAAAAAUUGAUCUAAUGUUAUAUAAUUCUUACCAAAUCCUUACUAACACUUUGCUCCAAAUGUUUAAUAAAUCACAUGAGAGUUGUGAUGAAAAUGAUGGACGCUUUACACUACUGUACCAAGACAAAGAAGGAGAUUGGAUGCUUGCUGGAGAUGUACCAUGGGAAACAUUCAUGGAGACAGUUCAGAGAAUACAGAUUCUAAGUAAUUGGAAGAGUGGAGGAAGCACAAGAAAAUCAUCCCAUAUUCCUCAACAGUUUUGA